AUACUGCUUUCAAACAGCAGAGGUUACCUGCAUGGCAGCCAAUUUUAACAGCUGGGACAGUGUUACCAGCAUUCUUCAUUGUGGGAAUUAUCUUCAUACCUCUUGGUGUUGGAUUUCUUGUUACGUCAAACAAUGUGAAGGAGAAAAUCUUAAAUUACACCGACUGUGAGCAAGACAAUGGAGAGACUUGUCCUGUGUUUUUUACCAAUGUGACAGAGCUUGGAAAUACUUGCAUAUGUAAGAUUCCUUUCAACUUGACAGAGGAUUAUAAAAAACAAGUGUAUAUCUACUACCGCCUGGAAAACUAUUAUCAGAAUCAUCGCCGUUAUGUCAACUCUCGAGAUGACCUUCAACUGUUAGGCCAAAAAGUAACUGAGCCAGCAAAAGAGUGUGCCCCAUACCAGUUUGAAGAAACCAAUAGAACAGGAGAACUGGAAAGUGUAGCUAUUUUGCCUUGUGGAGCAAUUGCAAACAGUCUCUUCAAUGGUACAUUUUUUUGUAAUUGAAAGCAUUUUUAAGAGGGAAAGUUUUUGCCCAAUUUUAUUUAGUUAUGAACAAUGAUAUAAUAAAAAUUGAACUAAAAAGUAAACCAUUUGUUA